AUGGGGAGAGGGAAGAUUGUGAUUAAGAGGAUUGAAGAUUCAGCAAGCAGGCAAGUGACUUUCUCUAAGAGAAGAAAUGGAUUGCUCAAGAAAGCAAGAGAGCUUUCGAUCCUCUGCGACGCGCAAGUUGGCGUGAUUGUGUUCUCCAGCACUGGCAGGCUCUAUGAAUAUGGAAGCUCCAGCAUGAGAUCUAUUAUUGAGCGCUACAACCAAGUAAAAGUUGAACAACAUCAGCAUGUGAAUCCUGAUUCGGAAGUCAAGCUUUGGCAGAGAGAAGUGAUUGUAUUGAGGCAACAACUGCAACAUUUGCAGGAAUGCCACAGGCAACUCAUGGGUGCACAACUUUCUGGUUUGGGCAUUAACGAACUGCAAAAUUUGGAGAAUCAACUGGAGAUGAGUUUGAAGGGUGUCCGAAUAAAAAAGGUAUGA